UCUCUUCUUUCUUUCAUCAUCCUCCUCAUGGCAUUUUCUAUCAUUCUUUCCUUGGCAGACCCCAGAACUGAAAUUGUAGCACGUAUAUGUGGUAAUGUUCGAGUCCAAAAUGUAUCAAACUACUUCCAGUAUUACUCCAGGAUCACAGAUUACAUGCAGGAUGAAAUGUAUCGAAACAAGUUUGCUUUUAAGGAUGUAGGGAAGCCACCUGAUCGUCUCUUUGUUCUUUCCCAGUGCAUGGAUGAUCUUUCCCCAGAUGAAUGUGCUGUUUGCUUUACCCAGAUCAAUACCAUUAUCCCUGGUUGCUUUCCCAACACCGGUGGCCGUGUUUAUCUUGAUGGUUGCUUUUCUAGGGCUGAGAAUUAUUCUUUCUAUCGUGAAGCUUUGGGGCCUCAUGAUACUACAAGAUGCGGCGCUGAUGUAAACCCCAGGCCGGAUUUCAGAAACGCAGUAGUGAAAGUGCUUGACGAAAUGCUUAUCAAGGCACCAUUAGCAGGACCAGUUUGGCGAGGAUUUGCAGUGAACCAUGAGACUUCACAUGGCAUAACAGCCUACGGAAUGGCCAGUUGCUGGAAGAUUUUAGACAAAGAUUUGUGUUAUACUUGCCUCUCUAAUGCAGCCUCAUCCGCCUUAUCUUGCCUUCCUUCUACAGAAGCUCGCGUCCUUAAUGCUGGCUGCUUUCUUCGUUAUGCGGAUUUCUCAUUUGCCAAUGAAUCUACUGGCGAAAUUAGAGAGCAAAUAUUUUCAUCCAUCACAUAUAUAAUAGGUGUGGUAACAAUCUGCUUAUUGGCGAUUGGUAUUGGGGUUUGUGUGGGCAAACACACCUACAGAAGAAAGAAUGGCAUAAAGAAUUUAAAAGGGAUGGAGGACUUAUUAUUAGAUGAGAGGCUGCAGUUCUUGCAGUUCAAGCAUGCAACAAUACUGAAAGCAACAGAAAAUUUCCAAGAAGUUCACAGACUUGGCGAAGGAGGAUAUGGUGAAGUAUAUAAGGGCACCCUAGCAGAUGGCAGAGAAAUUGCAGUAAAGCGUUUAUAUGCCAGUAGAGAUAGUCAAAUUCGGGAGAUUUGCAAUGAAAUGGAUAUUAUUAGUAGUGCACAACACAAGAACUUGGUUCGGUUCCUUGGUUGUUGCUUCACUAGUGGAGAUAGCUUUCUUGUUUAUGAAUACAUGGCUAAUAGAAGCCUUGAUCUGAUGUUAUUUGAUCCAGCAAAGAAGAAAGAACUCACUUGGAAAAAGAGGCUCCUAAUUAUCACAGGAACAGCUGAAGGUUUGGAGUACCUGCAUAUGGAUUGUCAAGUGCGGAUUAUUCAUCGUGACAUUAAAGCUAGCAAUGUCUUGUUAGAUUUGAAAUAUAAACCAAAAAUUUCAGAUUUUGGGUUAGCAAGAUUUUAUUCCUGUGAUCAUUCCUUGAUCAACACAGCUAUAGCUGGAACACUAGGGUACAUGGCCCCUGAAUACAUCGCCAAAGGACGAUUAACCGAGAAAGUUGAUGUUUAUAGCUUCGGAGUUCUUGUGAUUGAAAUAGUUACAGGCAUACAAAACAACAAACAUCAGUCUGAGGAUAUAUAUGAAACUCUAAUUGCUCAUGUAAACGCCUUCCAGCUUGCUAAAUGUUUAGGUACAAAGAAUUUGAUUUGCUAUUUAUUAAAAAGAAAUGUUUCUUUUUGCAUACAGGUAUGGAAGCACUUUCAGUCGAAUACAAUAUCAGAAAUAAUCGAUAAAGAUAUAGAAAUAGAAGACAUGAAAGAAAUCGAAAGAGUCAUUCAAAUCGGUCUGUUAUGCACUCAAGAAUCACCAAAUUCAAGGCCAACCAUGACAAAAGUAGUUCAAAUGCUUAGAAAAAAGGAUUUUGAAUUGCCUCAGCCGUCCAAGCCACCAUUCACAGAUGAACAUAUGGAAUUGCAUUAUUUAGGCUCAGAUUAUCAACAAAGACAUUCUUUUUCUGAUUAAUUAAUUAGUUAGCUUAGCCUUUUCUUCCCAUUAUGUUCAUUUUCUGGUGUUAAUUAGGCGUAACACAAGGUUAGAUAUAGGAGCUAACAAAUGUUAAUUAGUUUGCUAAUGUGUACAUGAUUAGCUUCAAAAGCAGCUAGCUAGCCAUUGUUUUUGA